AUGAAGUCCCUUUUUUGUGUUUUCGGAGCUUUUUUACAACUGUUAAUAGAUGUGCAAGCUAUCGAAGUAGCCACCCAAUUACCAGAAAAGGUAGGUAAACUUGUAAAUCAAGCCAGAAGAAUAAUGAAUGGAGAACCGGUAACAGACAACAGACCUUAUAUGGUGUAUCUUAAACUUCCGCGCAGCAGUGCCAAGUCACAAAGCUACAGAAAAUGGUUGUGUGGCGGUGUCAUUAUCCACGAUGAAUACGUCCUGACUUCAGCAGCCUGCAUCCAAGACGUAGAGCAUUUCUACGUUGUAUCAGGCACUUACAAGUAUGCUGAUGAAGAUGAUAGAUAUAAUAACCCAUGCAUCAAGAAUGGCGGAAAGAAGGCGAUAUGGAAGUGUGUUCCCAAAAAUUACAUAUUCGAUGGACAUGAGAACGAUAACAUAAGAUGGAUGAACAACGAUAUAGCAGUAGUAAAGAUAGAAGAUGGUUUCGACUUCACACGAAGAGUGAGAGGCUGCGAAUUUGUACCUAAACCAGUGUGUUAUAACAAUCAAAGUCAAACGUUAGAAAAUCCAGGCACGAUCGCUUCAAUUGCUGGAUGGGGAACGACUGAAAGGUAUAAUGAUUGGGUCAACAGAAGAGGUCUUAGUCCACUAAGAAGAACUGACAACCAGCAGAACCUUCUAGAAGCAGCUGUGGAGAUUAUAGCGAAGAACAGAUGCAAGCGCCGCUGGGGUAGCCGCUACCACAAUAUUAUCGACAACUACAUGAUAUGCACCAAGGACAUUGGUCAGACUAUGUCUGAGAUUUGUAACGAAAAGUAUGUAGACUGUCAAGACAUAAAUUAUUCAGACGAAGAAGAUGGUGGCAUGAGACGAGAUGCCAACGCAUUGAAGAGGACAGACAAAGUUCCUACUAACCUCAUCAUGCAUUCGGCGUUGCACAACGAAACGUUUAAAAAUGGCUCAAGAAGAUUUACACAUAAUGUUGAUGGUGGAUUUUGUGAGAAUGAUCACGGCGGUCCUCUAGUGUACGGCUCGGGUAUCAACUCUGUCGUCAUCGGGGUCAUAUCAGCGUGUCUUGUCAAGGAGAGGACUAACAAAUGCUACGGGCCUUUCCUCUACACUAGCAUCUACAAGAAUCGACAGUUCAUCUCCUGUUCUAUCUUCAAGGAUGUCGAACCUAAAUGUCGGCGACAGUUCAGAUCAGGGGUGACCCACGAAGAAACGGUCCUGUCAUGGAAGAACCAUGAAGAUGGGCCAGCGAAGUUCGAGCAAGAACCAGCUGCAGUACCUGAGAAGAAAGUUGAAGCCGUAGCAGUACCUGCGCCCGUUGUGCCAGCAGUACCGCAACCACCAGUAGUAGCAGCGGUACCUGAAGUAGUGGAGCCCGCGGCUCCGGAGCCGGUACAAGCUGAGACUGCUCAAGUGGUCCAACGAGCUCACGAGGAAGCGGCGGCAGCAGUUCCAGACAAGGUGUACGCAAACAGUGGUUUCGUCAUCCGAGGAGUCAACGAGACGAAGGUAGCCAAGGCGAACGCGACUCACGUAGCCGACACAACAGUGUGUAAGCCAGAUAUAGUCCCAGCGGUUGCAGCCACAGCUCCAUCAGUAGUCACGUCACAGGUAGAAAUUAGCACAGCAAAUCCAGAACCCACGUCGAAUGCUCCAACUGGAGCAGCGGUCGCAAGAAAUGAUAAGAAAGAAGAAGAUAAGAAACAAGAUAAUAAAAAACAUGAUGAUAAGAAAGAUGAUGAGGAAGGCGACGGUAUACGAGACGAGGGCUGGGAGUAUGAGAAUAGUACGUACGUCGACACUAGAAGAAUCUUAUACAGUAAGACAGUUGGUGUCGGGAAAAGACCUUACAUGGUGUACCUUCAACUGACGAAGGAGUCAGCUAAAGCGCACAAGUACCGCGGAUGGUUGUGUGGGGGUGUCAUUGUCGAUAGGAACUACGUGUUGACGUCUGCUGCCUGCGUCGAAGAUGCCGACAGGUUCUACAUCGUCAGCGGCACUAUUAAGUUUGUCGACAGCUUCGACUUCAAGUCCAACGACUGUGUCUGCAAACAUCGUCGGAAAGUCGUCUGGAAGUGUAUCCCCAAGAAUUACAAAUUCGAUUUCCAAGACAGUAUAAAGUGGUCAUCCAACGACAUUGCUAUCGUGAAAGUGGACAGGCCGUUCAAAUUGGGAGUGCAAGAGAAAGGAUGCGAGUUUGCCACUGAUCUCAUUUGUUAUAACAACAUCAGCAGAGAACUUGAGAAACCUGGUACCAAGGCUUUCAUUGCUGGUUGGGGUAGCGGUAGCAACUUCAGAGAGGGCGUAUACCGACGUCAAAAGGUCCACAUACCAGAAAAUGCUAAGUGCCUGCAAGAGGCCAAAGUGUGCAUUAUGGACAACGAACAGUGCGCCAAGAAAUGGGCUCAGAGAUUCAGGACCAUCAUCACUCAAUACAUGAUCUGCACCAAGGACGUGAUGAAAAGGCUAAGCGAAAUUUGCGAGAAGAAAUACGCAAACUGCACAGAUGUCGAAAGUAGAAGAAUUUUCACAUCUGAGGGCUCAACGGACGUCAGCGGGAAAGUCUUUAAUGUGGACUUGGGGCGGCAUCUACGAGACCCUGAUGACUAUACCGCGAGGAGAUCAUCCAUGCAGGGAGGAUUUUGUGAGAACGACCACGGCGGUCCGUUGAUAGUGAAAUACCAAAACAAGGAGCGUGUAAUUGGUGUUAUAUCAGCGUGUAAGAUCGACCCUAAGAGCCACAGCUGUCAUGGACCCUUCCUCUACACAUCUGUCUUCAAGAAUAGGCAGUUUAUAUCGUGUGCUAUCAACAAAGAUGUGGAUGAAAAUUGUCGAAGAGUGUUCCGUACAGGAAUCACGCAUGAAGAAUGGUCUGUCAACUGGGACGAUUACAAUGAAGAUGGUGAAGAUUCUCCUACCAAUAAAGCUGAGGAUAAAGAUGAUGAUGACAACGAAGAGGUCAAAGAAAAACCUGCGCUCAGAAACAAAACAAUACCGAUUGAAAAUAAUCGAGAUGAAGACAAGAAAGAAGAAGUAGUUGCCAAGAAAGAAUCUGCAUCAACAAAGGCGGAAAAAAAGGAAGACUCUAGCGAAGAGGAAGGGAAAGAUAAGGCUGCAGAACGUAAAGAUAGCAAAGAAGAAAAGAAAGAGAAGGCAGAAAAGGCAGAUAAGAAGGAAGAAAAAGCUGCCAAGAAACCUAAAAGCAAGAAAAACAAAAAACACUCAAAGAAAAAGGCCAAAGCUUCUAGCCGAGCUGAAUCCAAAGAGGCCAACAAAAAGGAUGAUACGAAACCAAAAGUAGACAGCAAAGGUGAAGUCUUUUAUGAAUCAAGUCGCGAUGAAAAUGUGAACGACCCUGAAGAGUAG